AUGACCACUAGACCUAAGUUUGUCAAAAAACAACCACAUGAAUACUUUAAACGAAAAUCAUCGGAUUGGAAUAUUCGUGAUUUCCUCAAAGAAUGUAGUUUGGAAUCGUAUCAAAAAAAAAUAGAGGAAUACAAUUUAUCUCUCAAGUCGAUUAUUGAUAGUGAGAAAGGUAAAAAACGUGAGCAGGCUCAGAAGUUGCUCAACAAUUACAAUCAAGGUACUCGACCUGACAGAAAAAUAGCGAGAGAGUGGGAGGAGGAACACUCACGUAAACAAGUUCACAUUCACCAACCGACAUUUACGGAAAUUGCAUGCGGUGGAACUGUCUAUGGCGGGGCUAACAGUGGAACAAUUAGAAUUACAAACGAUUCCAUUUCAGUUGCUUCAAAGAAAGAAAAAGAACCGGAAGAAGAGCCAUUACUGAUGAGAGCGCUUCGAAAAAGAAAGUCCAUUAAUAAUUCUGAACUUGAAGAUGUGGAGAAAUAUAAGAGAGUAAAAUCCACUCAAUCCACAAGUGAUAAAGAAGAUAUUUAUGAUGAAGAGGCUGAUGAAAUUGAAACUGAAAGCAAUUUAAUUGACCUAACUAAUUUCGAUGUUAACUACCAUAGUUUGGACCCGCAAAAAAUGUGGACCCUCAAAUCUGGUCGUGUCGUUGAAAAAGUAAUUUAUGAAUAUGCACGAAACUUGACGCACGAAUCCUAUUUACACUCAUUUAUAAUCAAUAAUUCGGAUUCGGCUGCCAAAUCACUAUUUUCGGAAGAGGAGUGGAAGGAAAUUACCACCUCAGAGGUUAAAGCUAAACCGAAACUUAAACAUUCUCUUGUGGAGUUAAUGAAAAAAUGCACAGUUGAUGAUGUCAAAAUGUUACGAAAAAUUCUUUCUGAAUCGUUUUUACCUGAUGAAGGAGAUUUCGAUCUUGAUUUUGUUAAUUACGCUUACCAAGGAAUGUUAUUUUUGUGGAGGAAGAAAGAAAACCCUUUUGACUCUUCUAAAUUAGAAGGUUGGUACGCAAUAAAUGUUUGGGGUCGCUUGAUUGACCCGGCUUUUGAAAAUCUUGAUAUUGACUUAAUACGUGGUGAGGGUAUGAGUCUUGCAUCAAGUAAUAGAAAGAAUCAUGAAAGAACAAUAAAUGACCGAAAGAAGAUUGGUCGAAAGGGCGAUGGAGUUUUUAGGUUAUCUAAGGAUCGUUUGGAGUUCGGUGCCAUAGAGGCAAAGCGUAAAUGGGAAGGGGAAAAUGGAACAGGAUAUUUGAAAGAUUCCUUGAAAUUAAAUAAAAUGUUGAAGGACAUGUUAAACCAGCUUGUCAUUGUGUGUAAUAUGAGAGAAGAUUUCGCAAGAAAAUUGCAAGUAGUUGGGAUGCUUCUUGGAAAAAACAGAAUUCAGGUCAUCACAGCCGAUCUCCCUAAGGGAUAUGUUACUCGUAUCCAACGUAGAAAAAUCCAUGAAGUUGCAGGUCGUCUAACAAAAUUUAAACCGCUUGCUUUCGUUUUGAAGGAGAUACUAUAUGCAAAAUCUAUCAUUAUGCAAACAUUAGAUAUUAUAUACAAGAAGAAUGAUGUCGAUAUUGAAAAUGAUCUUUAUGACUCUGAUGAACAAGGUGAAUAUUGCAUGCCUCCUACGAUCGGUAUAUCCAAGACAAUUGUGACUCCGAGGUCAAGUGAACUUGAGAGUAGACUAUAG